AUGAAGAGCGAACGCCUCCUCGCGCUUGCCGCCCUCGACUUGAAUGUCUUUGGCUCGGCCGCUACCCCCAUGGAACGUACCAAUCGUGCUGAUGCGAAAGACGCUGCCGUUGCCAUCUUGCAAGCUCGUGGCUAUGAGGCUGCAGAAGCCAAGGACAUCGUCAAUCUCGUCGCGCGUGGCACCGUCACUGUGACUGCCUCUGCUGAUUGCGGAGUCUCCUUCGCUUCCUAUGGCGAACCGUCUACCACCACCAUGUCUACGGUGUACUCGACUUACAUGCCACCUGCAAUUCCCACUACUGGAAGUACUGCGGCCACUGUUGUCACCACCACUUCUGUCGCUGCGCCGAGCACCACUAGCAUUGUCGCCUCAGUUGACACUGCAAGUGUUGCGACUACUGAAGUCACCACUACUGCUGUCACCACUACUGCUGUCACCACUUCUGAUGUUAGCACCGCUGGAACAACCGCUCCCCCUGAGACCAUCACUCCACCUGGAUUCAGCUCUGGCACUGAGACUACCUCUGAGACCACUUCCUCUGUCACUCUUGAGACCACUCUUGAGACCACUCUUGAGACCACUCCAGCCACUGUCCCGACUUCCAGCGAGAGUGCCACUGCUACGACUGACAACAACCCACCUGCACCCACUGCGAAUGUUGCUGGCAUUGCAGGCGCUCAUGUCGGCUUGGCCCUCAUUGGUCUCCUGACUGCCCUGGUCAUGGCCUAA